AUGGCAAUACAAGUGAUGGUCCUGUUAGCACAUACUUCACCCUCCGCUUCUCCAGCCUGCUCAGAGGAACAGAGGAAAGUUUCUUCUUGCAGUCGGCUCUCAGUCUCUGUCUCCACCUCUCUCAAGCACUCGGAGUCAGUCUGCCCUUGCAUCAACUCAGCUUCCUUGUGCGCGAGCGUCGACCGGGUGGAAGGGAAGUGGGUGACGAGCAAAGAACACUGGAGAGUCACGGCAGCAGGAGAACCCUUGCAGGCGGUAUUGCAGCUCUCCGACCCUUCUAGGACACAAACUUCCCACCUUCAAGUCCAGCUGCGGCAGGGCUUGAAUAUCCUGGCUGUUCAAGACUGCUGGGACUCAGUUGAUGAUCAACGGGAACCAGUGAGAUGCUUCUCGUUUGAGUGGAGCACACCUGAGCCGGGAGAAUAUCAGAUGCUUGUCUUGCUGUAUCAUGCGGAGGAAGGAGGGAGAAUUCAACUUCACACCAUGUUUGAUGACGUGCUGCUUGUCAGAAACAACUCGGCGUCGAUCUCCAUGGAGCACGCGACUGUUGAAGGAGAGGCUCUAUCGAUGCCCCUGCGUCUCCAGGGUCAGGCAGGCAGGGAGUUGCUAGUUACAGUCUUGCUCACAGACAUAAGAACCCUCCAGCAGUGGUCCAGCUUCUCCGUCGUCCGAAUGGUUGACAAGGAUCACUCCCACACGCUUCCUCUUGGGGCCCCGGCAGGGGGCGAAUUUUUAGUAUCAGUCACGAUCUCAGAACUGAGGCAGAGCAGCAACUUGAGCUCGCUUCUUCCAGUCCUUGAUGCACGGAAGCUUCUGAUAACAGCUAGAUGUGCGAGCUUCUGCCCCUUUGGCAGCCUCCACACCGUUUCUGACAUACCACAUGGACAACAAGCUGGGCAAGCUGGACAAGGUGCCCAGCCGAUCACUUUCCCAGCUCCCCACCCGGAAGAAGCUUUGUGCAGCAUUCAAUUCUAUCUGGAGCCUGAACAGCCUCAGGCAGGUUGGCCUUUGAGGUUGUUGAUGGUCGGGCUGGGCCUGGUGCAAGGCUGCAGAUAUAACUUCCGAGUGUCAGUGUACUUGUAUGAAACCGACACGAUUGUGUUUGAGGGAAGAAAAGUCAUUGACGGCUCCAACAGCACCACCUCCGUCGAGUUCUUCUUUCCAUCCUGCUGGGCGGGAGAGUUCAUGCUAACUAUGGUGCUAGAUGACGACAGCAUUGGAGAAGAAUCGUCGGAUGCUGCCAUCUCUAAGAUCUCCCGACGCUUCCUCCCUCUCUGGCCUUGUGAAGUUUCCUACGCCUGGUCCUCUUCGCAGCGUCCGGUCUUCCACGGCUCGAUGCCUUACGCCGAGUCUCCCUUGGCGGGUCACGUGAGUCUGAGUCAAGGUGGAGGAGGGAAGGAGCUCGGAGUGACGCUGACGACUCAUGCGACGCUCGACGACAUCUUUGAGCUCAUCAGGGCCGCAGCUCACUGGGGGGAGGACAUGGCAGUUGCGUUCUACGCUAGGAACGCCUCGGAGCAUGGUCACGUCUUGUCGUUUGUGCAGCAAGAACUUGGCCCCUGGUUCGUGCGACGACGAAAGUCACUCGAGGCGGUUGUGCUCUCCGCCUGCCCAGACCCAAGGAACGAUGAUCAGAUUCACGCGUAUCCUCUCAACAUGCUGCGGAAGAUAGCUUGUGCCAUCUCCAAGAACGAGCUGAUUCUGCAUGCCGACAACAACAUGCUUGCUUCCGACAAGCUCGCUGAGCACAUCAAGGAAGCAUGCAGAAACGGUUGGACGGGGAGGGAAGAGCUGCUUGUUAUCCCCUCCUUGAGAUCAACAGGCGCAUGGCCUCCAGCGGCAAGGAUGGACGAGGAAGACGGUGACUGGGAGGUCAGACCGUCAGGCCUCACCAUGACCGCCAUGAAGCAGCAGCUGGAGGACUGCGGGCUGGUCAUCCCAUGCCUGGGAUGCGGCAUGUGGUCGCCCUCGACUCGCUGGUCACCCUACGGCACCUUUCACGCUCUCACCGAGUACGACAGGUGGAUGGAGGCAGAGGAGACGUACGCGGUGCCGUACGUGCUCGGCUACCAGCCUUUCUUCCUCGCAAACCGGAGCGCUUGGAGGGGCAGCCAAGGAGCAGGCAUGUACGACGAUGGCUACUGGCAGGGAGAGUGGGGCAGGGCGUCGCUAGUGUUGGAGGCGGCGAUGCUGGGCUACGUCUUGACGGUUCUCCCCAAGGGCUUCCUCGUCAUCUCCUCGCAGUCCUCGAGUGCUCGUGACCGCGGCAGGGCGACGAAGCGCUUGGAUCCUCGGCGAGCGACGCGAGGAGGGAGCGAUGACGUGGCUUGCGCAGCCUCGGACGGGUUAGGGCAGCAGCUGAUGCAGAGUCUGGUGCGGGCUCACGCCGACCGACAGCUGGGGAUGGUGAUACGAUCAUGCUCGCUGCUCGCCCUGCGGAGCGAGAGCUGCGACAUCGCCAGCAUCCGCCUGGUUCCCGACGAGACGAUCGAGCGGGUGGGGGGGGAGUACAAGGUGGAGCUCAAGGUCUUGGGGCUGCCGAGGGACGGAGGGUUUCAGCUGUCGGCGUACAGGAGUGAAGGAGCGACCGACCAGGAGGCUCUGACCCACCACCUCAUCCUCCCGCAACACGUGCGCCAAGACCCGCACCCUGUCAGCCUCGUCCUCGCGGACCUCGAGACGGGCUACCACAGGUUGAGAAUCGUGCUGAGAGAUCUUCAAGCAAGCAUCUUCAAGCAGCAGGGAGCUGUCCUCUCCUCUGUAGAGCACGUCUUCUUUCUCCCAGCUGGAAGUUAG